AUGUCUUCGUUAUUAAAUUGGUUCAAGAAUAUAAACCACAGUGUGGAUAAGGAGGAAAUAAAGGAAAUUUCAGGGCCCACAAAUUUCAAUCAUGAUAUUCAUGUUGGUUUCAAUGCAAAAACUGGAGAGUUUGAAGGCAUGCCGGACGAUUGGCUCGGUUAUCUCAAGGACGGAAACAUCAGCUCUAAUGAUGUACAGAAAAACCCAAUCGCUGUGAUUGAUGCUUUAAAAGCAUUUGACCACAAUGUCAAAAAACAACAAAACCACACACAGAAGUUUAUGGGAAAUGCUUCAUCAGACAAUUUGUUUCAAUUAGAUCAACCUCCAAGAGCUUUAGGUCAUACAACCACAACCAACGAAAUAAAUAAUGAUGUUGCUAAAUUGGAAAUCAAAGAUCCUAAACUGAGUGUUGUUGACCUAAAAAGAAAUACAAAAAAAGAUUCCAAAAUCUUUCCAGCUGUAACUACAAAAGAUAUCAGUGAACCAAAAAAAAUUAAUGCUGAUGCUGAUAAAGGGUUUCCAACUCCUACUCUGCGAAACGAAAAACAGAAGAAGAUGACUACUGAUCAGUUUAUUAAAGCAUUAGUGCAGGGAAAUGUCAUAGCGUGGACUGAUCCAUCCACCAAGUACAACAUGAAGGACAAAAUAGGGACCGGUGCAUCUGGUACUGUGUGUCUGGCUGUUAACAAUGAGACUCAGGCUACUGUGGCAAUCAAGAAGAUGGAACUUGAGAAGCAGCAAAAGAAGGAGCUGAUAGUUUCAGAAAUUGAAGUGAUGCGUCAGAAUCGGCACCCAAACAUUGUAAACUACAUAGAAAGCUUCCUUUUCAGCAGCCAAUCAAGUUCAACAAACUCCAUACCUAGAGAACUUUGGAUAGUGAUGGAAUAUUUAGAAGGUGGGGCACUCACAGAUGUGUGUACAGAAACUCUGCUGAAUGAAGAGCAGAUAUCGGGCAUCGUGUGCAAAACUUUGGAGGCCCUGCAGUUCCUACACAGUCGCGACAUCAUACACAGAGAUAUCAAGAGUGAUAAUGUUCUGCUGGGUAUGAAGGGAGAGGUGAAGCUGACUGAUUUUGGUUUUUGUGCGGAAAUGACAUCAGACAGGCAGAACCGAAACACAAUGGUGGGCACUCCCUAUUGGAUGGCUCCUGAGGUUGUUGUCAGGAAGCCAUACACGCAGAAGGUUGACAUCUGGAGUCUGGGCAUAAUGAUGAUUGAAAUGAUUGACGGUGAACCACCGUACAUGAACGAAACUCCAUUGAGGGCUCUCUACCUCAUCGCAUCAACCGGCAAACCAAAGUUACAAGAAAGCAGCAAGAUGUCUGCCGACCUCUCUGACUUUCUUGACCACUGUUUGGACAUUGAUCCUGAGAAGAGGUGGUCGGCCAGUCAACUCCUCAAGCACCCAUUCAUUUCCAAAUCUGCUUCUUAUGAUUUGUCCAGUCUGUCCAAGAACAUUAAGGCGGCUAGAAAGGCAAAGAAUUCGUGA